AUGCUAAAGCAUCUGUACGAUACAGACUGUGUCACUUGGUCACCAUAAGGCAAAUUAUUCUAAGUAGAAUAUGCUAUGGAAGCUGUCAAAUAAGGAAGCAUAUGCUUGGGACUCAAAUCAAGCGAAAAUGUUGUAUUAUGCAGUCUCAAAAGACAACCAUCUGAAUUAGCAGGCUACUAAGAGAAAUAAUUUAAAAUAGAUGAUCAUAUGGCUAUUGCUAUUGCUGGAUUAACAGCAGAUGCACGUGUUUUAUGCAAAUAUAUGAGAACAGAAUGCUUAGAAUAUAAAUAUACUUAUGAAUCUCAUCAUCCAGUAGGAAGAUUAGUUUUCAAAGUUGCAGAAAAGUCUCAACACAAAACUUAAAGUGGGGCUAAGAGACCUUAUGGAGUAGGACUACUAGUUGCUGGUAUUGAUCCAAACGGUGUUCAUUUAUUUGAAACUUGUCCAUCUGGCAAUUAUUAUGAAUAUAAAUGCUAAGCUAUAGGUUCAAGAUCUUAAGCUGCUAGAACUUACUUCGAAAGUUGGUUCCAUCUUUUUGAAAAAAGCACUUUAGAAUAACUCGUUUUACAUGGAUUAAGUGCUAUCAAGAAGGCUAUUAUGGAAGAUGAAGAAUUAAAUGAGAAAAACGUAGAAGUUGGAAUAUUGGGUAAGAAUCUUAAAUUUACACAUUUAAAUGCCUAAGAAUUAAAAGAUUAUAUUGCUAAAUUAGAAGGAUUUAAUCCUAAUUCUUAAAUACAACAAGAGUGAUAAUUUAAUAAUACAUAUAUUAAUAGAUAUUAUGUAAGUUCGA